UAUUCAUACUUAGCCAGCGAGUGACCAGCGUUGAGUACGUAUACUGACCACAUACAUGUCCGGAGUCGCGAACGACCUGGAGUACUCACUCGACCACGAAUCGCCGUAUACGGACGAUAAGAAAGACAGAAAGAUGAAGGGAGAGACUCGUUACCAGCAGAGAGCGGUAAGUUUUGACGAAUCUCCCGGCAGUGACAGUGAUGAAUACAUCCAGCAGCCCAAGAUUCGAAAUCAGUCGAACACCAAACAGGCGCCCACGCGCCGUUCCCAGCCAGCGCCAUACGCCAGCGCGCGAUACGAGAGGUAUGAGGGAGACCCGCCCACACUACAAGAUCGCGAGAUGAAAGGGCGCGCUGUCCUCGUCAGGUUCUUUAAAGACGACGAUCGUUUACACAGAGGAGUGACUGUCUCCAUCAACGAUCGUCAAUUUAAGUCGAUAGAGUCCCUGUAUGAAUAUCUCAACGAUAAAAUAGACACUAAAAAGGGAGUUCGACAUAUUUUCAAUUUCAAAACCAAGAAAGAAGUGAAGACUGUCAAAGAACUGGAGCGAGGUGACGUCUGCAUCGUCUCAAGCUCCACACGUUUCAAAAAAGAUGUGAUCAUGUACCAUUUAUUGAUGGAUCAGCCGAUCAGCCCUACCAAGAGCCUCAUCACCAACAGUCACAGGUCAUCACGUGACCAGGGUAGACACGAGCGUGCGCAGAUCAACGACGGAAACACGAGAACUCCGAACUCCACGGCGCCCGGUAAACAAGUCACAUUCACCAUAGUCAGUAACACUGAUCGGUACAGUAAGGAGAAAAUGAUCUUGAAUCCCAACACAUCACAGCCAUUCGAACAACUUGUCGAGGACAUGGGAACCAUGCUUCAGCUAAAAUACCCACCAGCAACCGGAAUCUUCUCCACCAGGAAACCCUACCAACAGAUCUAUAGUUUCUCCCAGCUUAACAGAGAGGUCAAGGUCAAUGACUGUUUCCUCGUCUGCGGGAAGGAGAGAUUCCCGGAGGAACUCGGAGUAACCGACACUAAUGACGAAAGCUUGUCAGAACCGGAACCCGAACCUGCCCGGAAAAAUAAGAAAGGGCCACCCGCUAACAAAAUAUCCCCCUUAAAACGGCGGAACGACCCGUCCACUGAAAUGAAUCAAAAAGAAAACAUGAGUCCACCGGAACGUGGCAGAGCAGGCAAGGAAAUUAAGAAGGGCAACAAGACACCAAGGUUCGAAGCUGAACCACGCCGGCAACCGACAAAGGGAAACAAAACAUCUCGAUACGGAGAGGAACACGAUUAUACCAGUAAUUCAAAGUAUGACGCCGAUGAAAGUAAGAAGUUGGUACGAACGUCGCGUCACCAAGAUCCACCACCGCCAAGAAAGACCAACAAGCCAUCGCCGCGAUACGAAGACUCUGACCAGAGGAAGCCAAACAGAAACGGCCAACAACAGCAUCAACCGGAAUAUGGACGGCCGAAUGGACACGCAAGGUUCGAAGAGGAGGAAGAGGAGGAGGAUAAUGAGUAUGACCGGUCACGUGGUAGCGAUCCGAGGGACGACGAUAUUGGAAGGGAGCAAAAUGGUGAACCUAACAGUGAUGAGGAUGAAGAGGAUGAUGACGAUGAUUAUCCGCAAACGUCACGAACCAGGAAACCGGAAAGGAUGGAGACGCCCGAAUAUUGAUAUCAUGACAUGUCGUCCUGAUGUCAAUGUACAACAUGACAGAUUUUACCGUGACGUCAUAUAAUCAAAUGACCAAUUAAAAAAUCCACUUUGAUUGGCUGCUUGAUUGAUACAGCUGACCAAUCACCGAUGGCAUUCCCAAAAUUUCCCGUACACGGACGGUGAUUGGUCAGCUGUAUCAUGCCCGGAUGUUAAGACGUCACUCCCCGCUGUGAUAUUAUUGUAUCCAUACAUCUAGAGAUGAAAGAGUGUAAGACUGUUGUAAAUAGGUUAAAACUACUUAUCAACGUCAUUCGAACCUUUAACGAAAGAAAGGUUCCAUAUUGUUUCAUGGCAUAAGUUAUUAUUUUCGAUAGUGAUAAGAUAUCUAAAUUGUCACAGUAAACUUGUAUGAUAAUCAGUUCAUUGUAUUAAUUCAUUUUCAAAAAUAGCUCUUGCAAGAAAAGAAGUAUAAACUUUUACAGGAUUUUAGACAAGGCUGUAAAAAGGACAAUUGAUCAGCGCCGAACUCCUCUCGAGAAGCUUUCGUAGAUAUAUGUGGUUUCAGAAAACAUUUCGUUGAUGGUGGUGAGCUUGCGUGCAAUCAUUUCAAUUUUGUGAGGAGUUUGAAACCGCUGUACUCGUGGUUCAGAUGCGUCAUGACGUCAUGGCGAUUGUGACGUAUACAAAUGUAUAUACACAUGUAUAUCAAUAUGCCAUAUAAUCAAAAUGUCUUUUUUUUUCAUUAAUCAUUUUUCGUGAAAUAAGAUGUACAUAAUCUUUUACCUCUCUCGUUCUUCUGGACGGAGGAAUGAUGUUAAAUUGAGAGGCGAUCGUUGAACCUGGAUGAAAUCUAUACUUGUACCUUUCCACGUUCGAUCAGAAAGCGAGGCCGGCCAAGUUUAUGAAAAGCGAGUACACUAUCCACUGCGCCUCUCCUAUAUAUAUCACUUUAAAGAGCAUUAUAGAUAAGUAAUGCCAAAGAUUUCUAGUCUUUAUUUAUGAACAAGAACGGUAUAUUUGUUGUAUUAUUCACAACAAUCGCAUAAUGUCCAAAUAUUUACAUAUGGUUUGUAUUACUAAUCAAUAAGUCAUUUUUUUUAUUAUUUUUUCACAGGCCUGUCAAAAUUUUAUAAACACUUUCAUUUGGAUUGUGAGCUAACGGACAAAUUUGUAUCGUAUAUUUAUUGUAGUCUAUAUAUAAUUGUAUGUUACUGGAUUAUCGCCCUUUGUUGUUAAUGGCGUACAUUUUUUGUAUCUUUGGAGCGAGAGUGUAUAAAAAUCUGUUGUUGUCGUUGUUACUUUUAUUAUGUUUCAAAACAAUUAAAUGUUUCGUACAGAAAGAAUA